AUGACAGACAACUUAAAGCGGAAGAGGUCACCUACAGGACUCGGAGGUAAUUUCAAGCACCUCAAGAAGACCGAUUCCGACAAGAGAAGUCGGUCUGAACUCAUUGAAAUCAAUUCGGAUAACUCGCAGAGCGACAACGACUCACUUAGCGACGCAUUUAGCGACUUGUCCAGCGACGAUUCUGAGUACUCAGAUAAUGAGGCACAAAUGACCGACGAUGAGAGGCACCUACCAAGACCCCAGAAGAGAAGAACCAAUAGGGAACUUCAAGUCACCGGUUCCAACAACAUCAACGUUUCCACAGAUGAGCUCGAAUAG